UUCUAUAAGGCAAAUAUACAUGUGUGCCAAUAAUAGUUCCCUUUCUUUCAAUUUUUUUUUCUUUUUUUUUAUAUAAACUAUAUAGGGAUACCUAACCCAAAAGGAGUGGGAAUUUGUUUUUUUGAAUAGGAGAGAAUCAGCGAGUGACGAUAAAAUCCAAAGAGAUGUGGAAGGGGCGGAAUCAAAUACUAACGGAAUGGGGGGUAGAACAUAUAGAUGGGGACAUGAACACAUCUUUCUCUCUCUCUCUCUCAACCACUACAUCUAAACUCGAUGAAGGUGGGGAUUGAGGAUCAGACACUCUCUGAGUAGUAUACUAUGAACCUCAUUCCUCACGACGCAAACAAUGUGCAGCACGCUAUCGUGCGGUACACGUCUCGAUAUUUUUAAUUUCUUAUAAAUAUCAUUAAUUUUCAAUUUACAUUCUUUAUUUUUUCUUAUUAUUAAAAGAAAAAAAAACCAAAAGUAGAAUUGUAGAUAAUUGAUAGCAAAAAUAAAAAAAAAAUGUAAAAAAAAAAUUUUUCCUAUAAUAAAAUAGAAAAAUUUUCUUCUAUAAGUGUUUUCUUCUUUUGUCACUAUUUAUUUAUACAAAAAUACAAAAAAAAAUAAGAAGAAAAACAGGAAUAGUAAUUUAGAAGAAAAAGUGAAUAACAAAAAAGCCGGCCGGCACGGCACGUCAUCGGUUUGUUUGUGUGUGUGUGUCUGUGUGUGUCUCUCUCUAUCUACAAAAUCUACUGCAUGUUUUUCUUUCUGUGAUAAAUUUUUGCUGUUAAAAUUUGUGUUUUGUGAUUAUUUUCAAUAAUUAAAAAGUGCAUGCUGUUUUUUUUUUUUUUUUUUUAAAUAAACCGUUAAAGCAGUGAAAUUUUUAUGAAUGAUUUGUAUGUAUGUAUAAUACGAAUGCGAAUGGGGUGUUAAUGAAAGGUGAUAUUAGUGGAGGUGGUGGUUUGGUAUGGAUGCAAGAGGAACUGCCUCAGAAGAGGCGCCUCGUGGUGCCGCGACUUCCUCACCAGUGCCAUCGUCAACUCAAAAAAAUGUUACAACAACGACUACAACAUCGAUUAUUACGACGCCAACAACAACUGUGCAAAGCGUUGUUUUGCUUUCAAGUCCACCGCCUGCACCCCCGCAAACUGGACAUCAAACUAAUCUUCCAAGAAUUCUCAGUAGAAAUAUUAAUGGCACAUUGGUACAAACUUCAGUACCUCAAAAUGAAGCAGAAUUACAAUUAUAUCGAGUGAUGCAGAAAGCUUCUCUACUUGGAUAUUAUGACACACUUCUUGAAAUGGGUGGUGAUGAUGUUCAACAAUUAUGCGACGCUGGCGAAGAAGAAUUUUUAGAAAUAAUGGCACUAGUUGGAAUGGCCAGUAAACCACUUCACGUGAGACGUCUUCAAAAGACUCUUCAAGAAUGGCUAACUAAUCCUUCUCUUUUUCAAACGCCAGUUGUUUCAACAUCGGCAGGAAAUUUGAAAACACCAUCGGUAACAGGAUUUCCUUGUAUUAGUCCAAGACUUCAACAAACAAAUUCAACGGCGACAAUUUUAUCAAAUUCACAAUCAAUGACAUCAGCUUCAACACCAUUUGUCGCCUCACAUUUAUCUAUAGCAUCAUUGCCUUCGAGAAGUGUCAGUCCAGUUGUGCCUACUACAAAUGUUAAUGCAACAAUAACACCUGUUGCCUCUUCAACAUUUAGACAUAGUCCUAGUCCCAAUAAUAAUGCUCCAUCAUUGCCGUCUUAUCCAACUGUCAAUAGUCCUGGUAUUUUACAGGUUGGCACAUGUGAAUCGUCUUGUGGCAGUGGAACAACGCCAAGUCCAAAUGCAAUUGCACCGGCAAGUCCACCUCAAACAACGCCAACUUUAUUACCAUCGCAAGUUCAAAAAUUAGCCGACGCUGCAGAAAGACUUUCGUCUUCAUUGAGGCCACUUGAUCCAAAACCACAUAAUGUGAAGAAAAAAAUAUGCAAAAAUCUCGAGAUAGUGAUGGCCAUGUCAGACACUGAUCCACGUAGAAUGGAAGAAAUAAGAAAAUAUGCGGCAAUAUAUGGAAGAUUUGAUUGUAAAAGAAAACCAGAGAAACCAUUGACGUUACAUGAAGUAUCAGUUAAUGAGGCAGCUGCUCAAAUUUGUAGUUUUGUUCCUGCUUUAUUGACACGAAGAGAUGAAUUAUUUCCCCUUGCUAGGCGAGUUGUCAGAGAUUCUGGUUAUCACUAUUCUAAAAGUCAAUAUUUAUCGUUAUCAAGAUCGCAUGAGAAUGGCGACGAAAGUGAUGUUGAAAGAUUAAAACGUCAAAAAUUGGAACACGAUAGUAUUGAGGGUGAAGACUCACCGCAGGUUGAAUUAGAUCUUCGCUGUUCAAGUUCAGAAAUUAAUAGUUCUUCUCUGAGAAGACAAAAGUCGAUGAGUCCAGUUUGGCAAAAUAAAGGUGAUAAUGGUUUAUUCAAUUCCAAUGUUGAAGAAGUUAGCGACUCUGAUAGUCAAUUUUCAUUUUCAAAUGAUGAAUCUUUGUCUCUUCAGGACGCUAACGAUAUUGAAGGAGAAAAAACUGAUAAAGAAAAUGAAAAUGAUUUUAAUCUUAAGGUAAUUGCAUCGCGUGGAGAUAAUAUAAUUGCAGUAGCAAAUCCAGCCCUAAUGAAUUGCAAUCGUUCAAUAAAAGAGGAGCCAGUUGAUGAAAAGUCAGUUUUAUGAUUUAUUUCCAAAAGUUUCUAAAUUAUAAAAAUAUAAAAAUUUCAAAAUUUUUUUGCAAAAAUAUUUUUACGAAAAAAAUUCAUUUCUAACCUCUAAAAGUAUAUAUAAAUAUAGAAAUUUCGAAAUUUUUGCCAACAUAUUUUUUACCGAAUGAGAAAACAUUUUUUUUUAAUAUAAACAAAAAAUGUUACAAAAAAAAAUACACGGGUCAUUUUGUACAUUGUGGCAAUAAUUUUCGAAUUAUUAUUAUAAGUGAAAUAAAAGAAUCUUGAACUCGUUUUUUUUUUGUAUAUUUAACAAAAUUAAUAUGAUUUUAGUUUUCUUCAAUAAUUAUUAUUAUUAUUUAUAUUUUAUUUUACAAUAUUGCCUUUAUUUGAGAAAAAAUGACCCAUGUAUUUAAAAAACAAAAAAAAUUGUAAAACAAAAUAAUAGUUCUUUGUCGCACUAACCUUUUUAUUUUUGUAUUUUACGCCCGCAAAAUGAUGUCGAAAGUGCGUCUUCUUUUUAUAACAGUAAAUGAAAUUACUUUUUAUGCAAUUGUAUUAUAAAUAUAUAAUAAUUAUUGUUAUUAUGUUUUUAUGUUCUAUUUAUAUUUUACAUUAUGUAAAUAUUCAUUGUAAAUAUAUUCCAAAAUUUUAAUUUUAUUUCACUCAUUUUUGAAAAAUAUAAUUAAAUUGUUAAUGUUAUAUAUAUUUUCUUUUUACUUAUGGUUUUAUCUUUUACGAUUAAAAAAAAAAUGAAAAAACUACUUUAUACACUGAAAAAUACACUAUUUAUAAAUUAUAAAUAUUAAAAUUCACUUGUUGAGGGAGCGUUCGUAAACUAUAUAUGUAAAACUUCUCAAGGGGGUGAAGAGGUUAGGGUAUUUGCUACUAGGGGCAAAAAUGGCGCUAGUGUACGGAAGUGUGCCACAAAGUGGGCAGGGGUUAAAUUUUUGAAAAAAAAAAAAAAAAAUUGGCAAUAGUUUAUAAACGUUCCCUUACAAAUAGUUUUAAAGCACUUGUCUACAUUAUAGUAGAAUAUACUUCCCGAUAUACAUAAAACAUAUUAAGAGAAAAAUUGUUAUCUAGUUUUAUAGCAAGAAAAAAACAAAAAAAAUUAAAAUAAAACAUUUUCUAAAAUGAAAACAUUUUUUUUUACUGAUUUUGAAAAGGUAAGGAAAACUAGGUAAAUUAAUCGAGCAACGGACAGAAAGAUUUCGGCGCAAUUUUUGAAAUUGACCAAUUACGAGUUUUUUUUUUUUUUUUUUAAUUUCUAGUCAAUUUUAAAAAUUGCGCCAAAAUCUUUCUGUUGAUUGUUCGGACAAUUUGUAAUUUCGGAAAAAUGUAAAUUCGGCGACGCAAAAGUUUGUACAAAUUAAAAAUUGUACAAAUAAAAAUUCGAAUAAAUUUAAAAU